UUCAUUCAGUGCCAGGCCGUCGAAGGCAACGGACGCGACGUCGUGAGCUUCUUUGGAGAAUUCUUCCGCGAGAGAAAUGCAAAUGCUAUAGGCUGAAAAGCAUUAUUGAACCUGAGAGAAAAGAAAAGUGCGAGACGUGUUUGGAAAAUUGAAUCGAAUUUCGUACGGCAUCGGCAACGGAAAUCGCAAAAACGGCGAUCAAAAUGAGCGGCAGCUACAGCAUCGGUUUGGUGCUGUUGGUGGCCCUGCUGAGUGGGACAGCCAAGGUUAGCGGAGAAUCAACCACAGAGACUCCUUCGGCCCUGCUGCCUCUGGAGGCCAGAAACGCCGAUGUGUCUGGCGAGGAAGACGUAAUCUCCACCAGUUACGUACUGCCCAAUCAGAUUUUCAACGAGGGAAAGCCCUAUUAUGCUCGUCAGGAUCCCAUAUCAGGGCAGCUGGACUUUAGCGCCAAGAAACCAGCGGGAAUUCAGCCAGAGGUCAAUGAAGUAGUGGACCCUGACGAGAAAGUGGUGCUGAGUGGGGCCAGUUCACCCAAUAUUCAUGACUUCCUGAACCUGCCAGUUAAAUACUCCUCGUCAAAGUUCGUCUAUCCCCUGGUUUCCAGCUCGUAUGCCAAUCUUAAGUAUCAGGGCAGCAACAAGAAUUAUAUGACAAACAAGAAGCCGACCUCGGUUGUGGCUCCAGUCACCCCGCCUCCGCCCAGCUAUCACAGCUCCAACUAUUUCACGGUCCCAACUACGAAACUUACUGCUGUGACUCCCACUGCCGGGGCUUACUAUCCAAGCAGCAGCACUACUAGCUCCACUUCUACCACGACAACUACAACCACUGCCGCGGCAACUACCACUCGAGGAACUUUGCCGCCGAGGAGACCUAGCCCCACUACCACAACAACAACAGAGGCCACCAGUCCAGCUGCCAAAUAUACAACUACUUCGCGCAGACCGAUUCCGAUAGCAGCUUCCACCACGCCACAGCCCCCACGUACCAGCACCACCCGUAGAAAGUUUGUUCCCACCAAGAAGUACUCACCGACAGUGCCCAGUAGGCCUCCAUUUGUCCAAGAGGAUCAGCGUCCGGUAAAAUCGUCGCCAAGACCGACACCUAGCAGCAAUGACGUGUCCUUGACCACCCACCACGCUACACCCCAGGCGCCGAUAUUCCCCACAGAGCCAGCUACCACCACUAAGAUGUUUACAACCUCGAGCACGAGUCCGCCUGUGGUUUUCACAGAAGGUCCGACCCCUCCACCUGCCUUCAGUCCGAUUCCCGGAACUGGUAUCCCCAACUUGGAUCCAGCGGAUGUGUACCAUACACUGGGGCAGAAGAACACGCAGGCCGAAGAGCAACAGCAACAACAGCUGGAGAAGCAGCAGCACCUCCAGCAACAGCAGCAAUAUCAGGAGCAACAAUACCAGCAGCAGCAAUAUCAGUUGCAAUUGGAAAAGCAGCAACAGCAAAAGCAGAAACACCCCUACCAGCAACAACUGGAAAAGCAACAACAGCAGCAGCAUUUGGUGGAGCAACAGCAACAGUAUUUGCAACAGCAACACCAACAGCAGCAACUCCAACCACAGCCACCUAAUCAGCCGCAGAUUCCUGUACCUUCCAAGCCCCCAAUGAGUCUUAGUGACAUUUUCAACAGUCUGGCAGAAGAGGAGUCCAAUGUGGCUCACAAUUAUCAGCAGAAUCAAGGCUUUGACGCCCAGGGCAACCUCAUUGAACCUAUUGCUCCAUCUAAGCCAUCGCCCUUCGCCAUGCAACAGCCCGGAGGUCAAGUAUCCCAGCCACAGCGUCCCAUUCCUAAAGAUCAGAAGGUGAUCUCUGGCAGCCAGGAGAACUUCAGCAACGAAUACGUGUCCUACCAGGUGCAGCAACCAAAUAUGAUGCAGUACCGACCGGCGCCAGGUCAAAUCAAUAACGUGGUCAUCUCACCUGGUCAGCAGUCGGCAUCGUUUGUCCUUGGUAGUCAAGUGCAGCAGGUGAGCGUGGGACACCCAAGUGUGGAAAAGGAGCCGCUUUUUGCGAAGGACACGCCCGGAGUGCAGUAUGGUCAGGUGAUUAACGAGGACAUUGGCAACAUCAAGCGACCGGCAAAGGAACCAGCACCACCGACAAGCUUCCAGCAAAUGCCAAAUGUGCAGCAGAACUCAAAUUUCCAUCAAAACGGAAAUUUACCAACUGCAGCAGCUCCUUCUUACCAAGAACCACCACCAGAAGCUCCCAGUCCGUAUCAGCAGUUGCCGUUGAUUGGUUCCAACAAGCGACCAUCCAAGAAACCACAAGCUAAGCCUGUUAAGGAACAGACCCCUCCGACUUACCCACAAUCUUCCACGCCUCCGCAAGCACCUCCUACUCCUCCAGCAGAACCUCAGGGCGAUGAAACCAAGGAACUUCUCGUAUCCACCAACAUCCGAUUCCCGGCUCAGGGUGAGGAGUCAGUGGAGCUAGCCUCUUCGGCGGUAAUGCCGGGCCCACCAGCCGGACCUCACAUCAAUGGCCACGCUCAACCCCUCAGCUUGCAGCAGAUUCAGAACUCGAACCCCGUUGUUUUCCCCAAGAUACAGGACGAAGUGGCACCAGGUGGUGCCAAUGUGCAGAUCCAGCAGCAUGAGGUGGUAAAUCUUAACCAGCAAAAACCAGCAUUGAAAUUCCCUUCCCAGCAGCCAAGUCAUGGUGACCAGCCGUCGCAGAAUAUGGAGCCACCACCACGAUACCCGACCACCUUGGCAGGACCGCAUGCACCUCCGACUCCUGGAAAACGUCCGCUUGGCCCACCUCCUCCAUUCCACAAUGAGUUUAACCGCAAGCCCCAGAACGGCCCGCGGCCCAACAACCUGCCAAACAUACUGCCACAGUUUCGACCAAAUGCCAAGAUCUCUAGCGGGCAUCCACCGGCCUUGAAGCAGGAGCCGGGAAACAUCAGACUGCCACAGCAGCAACAGCCACAACGUCCAUACAAUCCAUCUGUGCCCCCGCACUUUGCGCAUCGUCGCCAGCCAUUGCCGCAGCAACAGAUGCUGCACAAACGCUAUCCCAUGAAUCGUAUUUCGGAGUACCCGGUCGGCCCUGGGCCAGGAGGCGAAGUCAACAGGAGAGUUUACAGACUGCCCCCUUACGGAGGCCAAAACAUGCCCUACCAUCCCGAUCAAAUGUACCCAAGGCGACCCCACGGUCCUGGCCCGCUGAGAUCCGUUGAUGGCUACCUUGCAGAGCGCCAUGCUCCUUCGGCGGCAGCAGAACCCUACAAAACAAUCGAUCCCGAAGCUGCGGCAGAUUUCGAGGAAGAGGAUCUGGUGAUUAACGAUCCGCCACAGCCAGUGACUCCGGCCAAAGAUCGUACGGGCGUAGAAGACACUAAACUGGAGCCAGUGGUAACACUGCAGAUGCUACAGUCACAGAAGAAGGCAGUUAGCCUGCCUGGUGAUGAUACCGGAGCUGGAGAGAUCCAAGUUACGGCCGACAACGAUCCUCAAGAAGCAGAGGCCUCAAAGCUAAGCCAGCAGAAAUUGGACCCCAGCAGACUGUAUGUUGUUUUCCCAAUGAAGGGAGCCGAAAAAGGUCAGAUGCAGGGAGAAGCACCUUCUGCCCCAGCAGAAUACCAAAACACACCUUUCUCCGUGAUUCGUGAUCAGCCGCAAGAACCGAUCCUGAAGAACAAAAAGCCUCAAUCUCUGCAGCAGCAUAACAAGGCCCAACCACUGCCUCCUAAAGAAAAGUUCCCGUAUCCCAUCGAGAAGCCCGAUCCAUCGUUUACGGAACUCAACCCCGGUUCCCAGGCAGCUGUGCCGGGGGUACUUGUUGCACCAAGGAUCAUCACCGGAGCUAUGGGAUCUGGCACAGAAACGCCCAUUGCUAUUGCCUACACGCCCACAGAACCAAGUGUCUUCCGCCGCGAUCAGGGUCAGAAAUUCUCCAAUAUCAACCUCGCCACGUCAGUUAUUAAUGAGAUUCGUCAGGAUACCCAAACUGAAGAAGGACUGAGCAGCGACUUUGAUCUUCGGGGUCAAAACUUUGAGAAGGACUUUAUGGCUCCGUUUUACCCGAGUGUGAGUCUGGGUGGUGAUGCCAGUGGAGCUGCUGCAGUGAAUCCGGCAGCGCCAAGCAACUGGAACAUAGUUCCCUCCACCACAGAUCAGGGAAUCUUUGAGAAAAAUAAAAUAAAUAGGGCCGAUUUGGAUGAAACAGAGGAGAAGAAAGUGGCCGAAGAGUCGGUCACGGCCAGCGCAUUAACGGCGGAAAAGAAUUCGGACAUGGAUAGUUUCCAGCCACAACUGCAGGGUGGUUUCAAGCCCAUCUAUCCACCAGGAUACAAGCAUGUGGAGCAAAUCGAGCAGGAUGAGAUUGCUGGCGCCAAGAAUGCGGCUCAAGACCAACCACAAGCAAUGCCACUUGUGGGAACCACAACAAAGCCAGUGCUUCUAGCCAGCAGUUCAACCUCAACGUCCUCUUUUUCUUCCACAAGCACCACAACCUCUACGACUCAGCAACCUGGGGUAACAAAAUCUGAGGACUCUGCUUUCACCAGCACCACCAAUUCACCAGCCGAGAGUCCGAAGCCAACGCAACGCAAGAAGUCCACCUUUGAAACGAGUCUAGCGGCUCUUCUCUUCGGGGACGAAAAUGAGGACGAGGAAGAUGGAGCUCGCAAGUCAGCGGAGCUGCCAAAGGCCCAGGCCGGACCCCGGAAUGUGCCCCGCAUGGGUCCCAGGAGUCUGAAGCUUAGAUAAAACCCACAUAAUCUAUUUUAGUCCAUACUUAGUUCGUAUUAUUUAUUCGAAGUUUAUGAGACAUCCAGGGCACGAUAAUGAUGGAAAGGAUGUUCAACUUAGAGGUUAACGAUGUGGUAAUCUAGUUCUGUUCUACAGCUUAUCGUAGGUAAUAAGCUCACCAUCCAGAUAUAUAGACCAUGACCACCAACAAACCGCAAUCCCAGCGACUUUUGCGAGUCUGAUUUGAAAAGCGCAUUUAAGGACUUUCUCAUUGGACUCCCGAAUCGUCGAAAACGCGAUAAAAGCUUUUGUAUUCUGUUUAACAAAAAUCUAAAAUAGUAAUCACAGCAGAACAGUGUACCAAUG